UGACGAUCAAUCUGGAGAACGGUGCCGAUUUAUCCAUUAAACAGGAAAACAAAGAGAGCCCUCCGAAGUACGCUUUUAAGAAAAAGAACUACGCGAUGGUCACGCAUCUACUGUGCCAUCGAGUGCUGUUGGCGGAAUCGUUCGAUUACGAUGAUUCGAGAGAAAAAGUCAAGCGUUUGCUUCGUACACGGUUCUACCAGAAGCGUCAAAGCGGAAUCAAUAUGUUGAAGACGGGGUAUGCUUACAGGCGAAUCAGCUACUUCGAGGUAUUGAACCGGAGUCGGAAUUGGGUCAGUAGGAUUACGCGAUUUUAGAAAGGAUGAUGAGGUAUUACGCGAUCGGAGAUCUUGAAUGGUUCCUGAAAUCCUGAAAAAGAUUUAGAAAAGUAUGGGGCAACCUUACAUUCUGGACGCAACGAUUUGUUCAGAGAAUUAUUACAAAGCUUUCUUUGACGAGUAAAAUAAAUAAGAUGAAUUUUAAUGAAAGGAAUACUACUCUGACGCUUAUUAAAUAAAUAUACAUGCCACAUUCAAAACUCCCGCCAAAACAAGCAUCUCGCGCGCUGCAUAUUGGUUGCCCGCCUUAUCCAAUCACCUUCAACCCGGCACGGCGUGAUAAACGUAAACAAAUCUGCCCGCGAGUCUCGAGUGUCUUGGCCACAUAAGAGUAUAGACUUUGUUCACAUUCUUUAGUGUGCAGCUUUUUCUGUACUAGGUCAACUAACAAGCAGAGCUGCAGCAGAUACUCGAACCGGACUAUUGAAUGAGUGAAACAAAGAAAUCUUACCGUGCAGCGCGUUGCCGUGGAUUAGAAUAUUACGAUCGUCACAGUGAUGGCUCUUCAAGCCCAAAAGGAAAGAAAUCAGUUUGCGCGAUGUGCUCAAAGUUAUCGAAUUUUUUUGACAAAGUUUUCCGAAAAACCAAUAUUCGAUCAUGAAUCGGUCGGUGCAGCUUUGUCGUACGUGUACGACUCGGUAUAUGGUAGAAAAGGGCCGGUACCUUCCGAAUCAAAAUUUAGACUUGUAAAUACUAUUUUACUGAACGAACAGAAAAUUCUUGAUGAUCUUGAAACAUUGAAGAGAUUACCAAAAUUUGCCUUGGGAUCGUUAUCAUCUACUACCGUUUCAUUUAGAGGAGUUAAAAAAUUAGUUACUGAAAUAAUGAAUGAUUGCGAUGACUGUAGAGAAUACGAUGUCGAAGAUCUGAUCAAAAUAGUUUGCAAACAUUUCAAACUUUCCAGUAGCUCCGAAAAUGUGAGAAAAAUCAUUAGAAAAUUGAAAGAAAACUACAUUGUAAGGCAGAAAAAAAGUAAUGUCCAAGUAUCACAGCUGCCGUGUUUAAUCAGGAAAAGAAAAGUGUCUUUGAAAGAAGACGUGCAACGCAUGCUGAAUCCUAUAGUACUUCUCAAGAAAGAUAAGAGACUACAAGAAAUGGCUAAAAAGUUUAAGACUCUAAAAAAAGAACAAGAAGACAGUAAAUCCAUCAAAAGGCAGUCGGAUGAUGAAAGAUGCCUUGAUUACUGUAAUGGGAAUUUGAAUGAUAAAGAUAUAGAUUUAUCGCAGAAAGAUGGUUUGGUAUUUGUAAAACAAGAGAUAGAUUUAAUUGAUACUGUUCAGCCAACAUCUGAAACUGCUCAAACGCAAAAAGAAUUGGACGAUGAACAAUGCAGAAAUGAAUUUCCUUCACAAAUUGAAAUUGAUCCUCAGUCUUUGCAAACUGUUGAAAAUUCCAGUACACUUGCAACGACAAAUGAUCAAGCAAUUAUGUUAGCAACUUAUAAUAAUAAUUUUAUUCCUCCAAUACAGUUGACAAAUAAUGUCAGGUUUAUUCCACACGCUACAUUAAUAUUCAAUAGUAGUUGUAAUGCUUACAUGAUAAUGCCAAUGUCACAGUUUCAACCAAAUAUUGUUAUGGUGAACUCCGGUGGAAUCAAUGGCUAUUAUCAAGGAAUGUAUAACAAUCCAAUACAGUUCAAUAAUUCUUUUGUACAAAAUCCCAUCUUAGCAGCUCAGCAGAAUUUUUCGAUAAUGCCAGAUCAGCAGUUAUGUUUCAAUCAAGGAUUAAGUCCAGCCCAGGAAAUUAUUCAGAUUCAAAGUACAAUAGACAGCCUUAAUUCACAAAUUAACUUAUUAGAACAUAAUUUUGCUAGUCAAAUGCAUAAAAACCAAUAAGAUUAAACAAAUUUGUGUUUAUUAUUGGCGUUAUUAUAAAGAUGUUUUGGUUUCG